GGCGCGUGGCAGCAGGGUUGGUUGCGCGCUGCUGCUCGCUGUGAGUGGCCAUUGGCGGUACGAGUGUGCGAAGGGGGGGGAAGAAAAAACCGGCGCCUUUUAUAUUAACCGUUCGCUCAAAAAAAACCCCGCUCCUCGCAGCUCCGGGCCCCACUAUUGUUUUUGUAAAUUGAUUGUGUCGGUUAACCGAGUCGCCAUGCCCAAGAGAAAGAGCGAUGGAGAUUUGAAUGAUGAGCCAAAAAGGAGGUCAGCAAGAUUGUCAGCGAAACCUGCAGUUCCCAAACCGGAGCCAAAACAAAAGAGGGCACCAGCUAAAAAAGAGAAGGCUGCUAAUGACAAGAAGGAUGAAAAGAAAGCACCAGCAAAAGGAAAAAAAGGAACUAAAGGCAAAGAAGAGACUAACCAAGAAGAUGCAAAAGAAGAAACUCCCUCUGAGAAUGGAGAAGCCAAAAAUGAUGAGGCACAGUCAACUGAAAGCUGUGAAGAAAAAGAAGCCAAGUCAGAGUAACUGCAUCUGCCCGUCAUCUCCAUCAAUGGCAUCCAUACCUCCAUACUGUAUUGUUAACAGAGAGGAAUAUUUUUAUCAACUAUUUUAUAAAUACAAGGUUUUUUUAGCAUGAAUUUAAUUAUGGAAACACCCACAUCUCAAGAUUAUUUGGGGGUUUGAAACCCUAAAGAAUCAUUGUUUUAAAUUUGUGAUUGUUGUAGUUAGUGUGAUUAUGUGGGACAAGUAAAUGGUGGUAGUUAUUGACUUCUGUCAAUGUUUGUCUUGUGUCAUACUCAAAAAAAAAGAAAGUCUGAUAUUUUAAUUCACCAGGUAUUUGUGGUGUUAGGCUAUUACAAGUGGGUAAGAGUAAGGAGAAAGUUGUUUGUGUCAAAACAUUCCAGUGGUUUUGUGGGUUAGUUUUGUAACCAGGUAAAAUAUUUUGGUGAAAAAAAAAUAAAAAACGUGGGGCCUGGAAAUCUAAUGUGAAAAAUAUUUUAAUUUUAAAUUUGUCAUUUUUGUAAAGAAAAACCUUUGCAAUCAUGUAAAACUAGUUUCUAAUGGAAAAUAACAUCUUUUAAAAGGGCAGAUGGCUGUAUGUACCCACUUCCUGUCAGAAUUUUUGCUGGAUAAUUUACCUUAAUAAAAAAAACACCCCAGUGUUUCUCUAUAUAA